AUGGUUCGUUUUUGGGGAAAAGAGAAGGACACGGGUAUGUCCUCUGCCGUGGAGCCGGGCUCUCCUGGUGCAGAAGGCAACAUCGACGCAGAUAUCAUCCAGCGAGAUAUCAAAGCUUUAAAAGUCUCUGCCAAAUGGGAUCCCAACUUGCCUCGAGAGGCGGUCGACGCUAUCGACCAAGCCUAUCAGACCGGAGAUCUCGAGAAAAAGGCUGUCCUUGAGCAUACUCUGCUCGAGGAAGACUCGCCAUAUCCCGAGGUUCGUGCCGCAGUCAGAAAUUACGAUGAAGAUAUGCCAGCGAAUACUGUCCGAGCGUGGGUUAUUGGUAUGAUCUGGUGCACGAUUGGAAGUGGCGUCAACAUGCUCUUCUCUCUCCGUAAUCCUUCCAUCUACCUCACUCCGGUAGUAACAUUGCUGCUAUCGUAUCCAUUUGGUGUUGCGUGGACGUAUAUCAUGCCGACGAAGAAAUUCACGACCUUUGGCAGGACUUGGUCGCUGAACUCUGGCCCAUUUAACGUCAAAGAGCACACUAUCAUAGUCAUCAUGGCUAACGCAUCAUUCGGGGGCACAACUGCCUACUCCACUGAUGUGCUCCUUGCACAAGAGGUCUUUUACGGUCAGAAAUUUGGGUGGGGUUACCAACUCCUCCUGACGAUUACUUGUCAAAUGCUCGGCCUCGGUCUGGCGGGUCUCACUAGGAAGUGGCUCGUCGAACCAGCUGCCAUGAUCUGGCCUUCCAACCUUAUCAUCACGACGAUGUUCGAGACUAUUCACACCCGAAAGACUCCCGAUGCACUCAGGUCCGGCUCUUGGACGAUUGGACGUUACAAGUAUUUCCUCAUUGUACUUGUCGGUAUCUUCGUUUGGGAAUGGUUCCCACUCUGGAUUGCUCCUUUCCUGGGCGCAUUCACAUUCGUGUGCUGGGCUGCUCCCAAAAACGUCGUCGUGAACCAACUCUUCGGUGGCCAAACUGGACUUGCUUUAAUUCCAAUCACGUUUGACUGGACCAUCGUCACAGCUUUCUUGACCAGUCCCCUGAUCUUCCCCUUCCACGCGAUCGCUAAUACCAUGAUCGGUGUUCUUAUCUUCACAAUCAUCACUUCGCUUGGUGUCCACUACACCGGAGCAUUCUAUUCCGAAUAUCUGCCAAUGUCAACAGGUGGAAACUUUGACAACACUGGGUCCAGAUACAAUGUCUCUAAGAUUCUCACACCAGAAUAUACCUUGGAUCCUAAACUGUAUCAAGAAUACUCGCCAAUUUUCUUGUCAACAACCUUUGCACUCGCUUACGGUCUUUCAUUCGCAACAAUCAUCGCCGUCGUUGUGCACACAGCACUCUACGACGGACAAGAGAUCUGGGCAAAGUGGAAGGCUGCUCGAGGAGAAGGAGCUGAUAUUCAUCAACGCAUGAUGAUGAAAUACAAGGAAGCCCCUUGGUGGUGGUACGGCGUCUCUUUCUUAACAAUGUUCGCACUUGGUCUUGUAACUUGUCUGGUUUGGGACACACAUUUGACCUGGUGGGCAUUUAUCGUUGCUCUCCUGAUCUCCCUCUUCUUCUACCUCCCAAUCGGCAUCAUCCAAGCCACGACCAACGUCCAAAUCGGUCUCAACGUUAUCACCGAGUUCAUCAUAGGCUAUAUGCAACCAGGACGACCUCUCGCCAUGAUGAUGUUCAAGAUGUACGGCUACAUCACAGCAUACCAAGGCCUCUACUUCACCCAAGACAUCAAGCUAGCUCAUUACAUGAAAGUCCCUCAGCGCGUCACAUUCUGGGCCCAAUUCGUCGCCACCCUCUGGUCCUGCAUCGUCCAAAUCGCAGUCUACAACUGGGCCCUCGGCGCCAUCAACAAUGUCUGCAAACCCGAGCAAGCUGACAACUACACCUGUCCCAACGCCGGUGUUUUCUUCACCGCAUCAAUCAUCUGGGGAGUCAUUGGACCAAAACGUAUUUUCGGCUCCGAAGGUGUCUACAGCUCGCUCUCCUGGUUCUUCCUCGUCGGUCUCAUCGCCCCCAUCCUAGUCUAUCUCGCAGCCCGCAAGUGGCCCAAGAGCAACCUCCGCUAUAUCAACAUGCCCAUCAUCUUCGGUGGAACAGCAUAUAUUCCUCCCGCCACACCCAUGACCUACGCAACCUGGGGUAUCACCGGUACUGUCUUCAACAAGUUCAUCAAGGGCCGUCAUCGUGCUUGGUGGACGGAGUACAACUUCGUUACUUCCGCGGCGUUGGACAGCGGCACGAUUAUUUGUCUGCUGUUGAUUUUCUUUGCGCUGCAGUUGCCGAAUAAGGUUACGAGUCCGCAGUGGUGGGGUGGAUGGGGAGGUGGGUUCCAGAAUAAUUGGGAUUGGAAUGCGGGUGUGCAGAAAGUCGCUAAUGGGACGUUUGGGCCCAAGACUUGGAAGUGA